AUGCCCUCAAAACUUCCAGCCGACGGCCAGAUCAUAGCCGCCAUCCUAGAAAUCAUCGACCAAAUUAACCCUUCCCCUCACCCUUCUUUCGCCGCACCAGCAAUAUCAAUCUCCCACCUCGCCUCCACCCUCCACACAUCCCCCACCUCUCUCGCACCCUCCCCGUCGCAUAUCGCUGAUCUCAUCAGACCACUUUCGGAAACAUUAUUCGACGCUCCCCGCGAACCUGUUGUCCGGAGCGUCAGGAAGGGGUUGUCGAAGGAGGUUUGGAUCGUUUUUGAGCGUACAAGUAGACCUGGAGAUGAUAAUCGGCGGAGGGCUGUCGAUGAGCCGCGCACACCUCGAGCUGGACAUGCGCCGCUGGCGUCAUUACCUCGACCCCCCUCUCGUCCAAGAGCUCGGGACGAACCUCUCCCCACGGCCGACGUCAAAGUAGAAGCCAAACCCCUACAUCUCAUCCCCACCUUCCCCGGCGGCUCAUCAUACACCCCUCCCUCACCCACUUUGCAUAAACGUAACCGACGAGGCGGUACAUUAUUCCGUCCCUUCGGUAAAUCAUCCACCAAAGAAGAGGUACCUUCAUUACCAGAUUUUCCUCCUCAUUUGUCGUCUGAAACGAGCGGGGGGUUGGCAGUGGAAAAGACUGCUAUACGACAGAUGGCGAGGGGGGACGGGGGGAGCGCGAUCUUUGAUCCUAUGCGGGAUGUGGCGCCGCCGACGCCUGUAUCUUACGGCUCUGUCCCCUUUCCUUCUCCAAAGCCGCAUCAUCUCUCGAACGAAUCCACCUUUACUGCUGCCCGUCGGCAUGUAGAUACAGAUAGGCAAAGACAAGUCGAGAAUAUGCCAGGGGACGAUGAUGGUGAUGGUGCAAGUUUCGACAUCAUCGAUGCCUACGCAGACCCCGAGCCCGAACAGCCUCACCGAACGUUGAACGACAAUGUACUUACCCAGCCACCAUCCACAUCACAAAACUUGAGGGUGGACGUGUCGGAGCGUUCCAGAGAGUCAACCUUGACACCGGUUCAGGAAGAGAGGGCAGAAGAGGGAGACGGUAGUGAUCGUGAGGGCGAGUUGAGUGAGGCGUUUGAGCACGAUCGGAUUGUAGACGCUUUGGGGGAUGAUGUCUCUGACGAGGAUGACGAUGUCGGCAGAGCUAGUGUUCAGUCUGAUGAUGAGGCUGAAGCACGCAAACCGACAGUCAAAUCUAAAGACGAUAUAGCGGGAAGAGGAACGGGAGAAGAUGCUGCCUCGAAAAUACAAAGAAAGAGGGACGAAGGCGCAUCGCCCGGAGAUGAAAUGUCACUCGACGAGGAAGAUAAACGGGAUGCAAGCAGUGAUGGUGGAGGAGCAGCACAGGUCAGCGAAGACAGUCAUGAAGUUCCAGAACCACCAGAAAAACGCAGACACAAACACGAGAAACGACACAAAAGCAAAGACCGGUACGAGCGAAAGAAACAUUCAGACAAGAUGGACAAGACUUGGUCACAGAAGAAACACAAACACGCAUAUGAAUCUGUAUUGGAAGAGCCCGAGACUCCAUGGCUGGUCCAAACGUUCGAAGGAUUACCUUUUGAACCGGCUAUACCCACCGUAAGCUGA